AUGAAAAAAUCCAAAGGCAGCACAUCUGUUGAUUGUCUAUAUAUGGAAUCCAUGUUAAACAAAUAGAUCAGAUCAAAUAUACGUAUGAUACAAAACAAGAUUUUAAGUCCAAUGCUCUUGACUCCAAAACCAUAAUCAUAAAAUUAAUAGAGAAAUAUUGCAAGUAGAUUACAUAGUUAGUGUAAGAAGAUACAAAAGAUUAGUAGCAAAUGAUUAUCCAGUUUUAAGACAACAAGAUUUUAAUGAGUUAAUUAUAUUAACCUAUGGUUAUCCAUUCUCAUAGAGUUCUUUAGAAUAAUAAAAACUGUACUUUUGAGAGUCCUAAGUUUAAAAGAAAUUGUUUUCAUUUAGAUAAUGGAUAAGUUACCUUAAAACAUUCCCAUUAUUUAAAAAAAGGAGGAUAAUAUAUUUAAACAUCUUAGUAAUAAUAGGAAACUAAACCAUGGCAUCCAUUCAUUCGUAUGAGAAGGAAAAAGUUUAUUCAAAAUUUACUUGAAUAAAAAUUAACACAAGAAUCAUAACCAAUCUAAGGUAGUACUUGUUUUUAGCCUAUCGCUGAUUUAAGCGGAUGGUAAACAUAGGAAGAGCCUUAAAUUGAAUGA